ACUAAGAAUGUUUCAAACAUUCCAAGCGCAGCCAACUUCAUUUGCCUUCAUUCAUUCUGUCAUUUUUUCUCCUUCCCCCUUUGCUGCAUUUUUGUGUGCAUUUUUAGCCAUUUUAGCAGAAUUAGUUUUUCCACAUUUGCCCAUAAAGUGAUGUUUUGAUUCAAUUCCAACGAAAAAACAAUCAUUGCAACCACGAGAUUUUUACAAUAAAAUUUUGAAAUAAUUUAAAGAAAAUGUACAACUUAGCCACAAGGAAACACUCAGGGAAUCCUUUCUAUCGACCAUGGUUGGAGAAUAAUGGUGCUGCUGCAGCUGCCGGUGGUGGUGGUGCCGGAACGAGUGUUAAGGGCAUCGUGGCAGGCGGCAUUACAGGUGGCAUUGAAAUUUGCAUAACAUUCCCCACGGAAUACGUGAAAACGCAACUACAGCUGGACGAAAAGGGUGCCGUGAAGAAGUACAAUGGAAUUUGGGAUUGUGUGCAGAAGACCGUGAGAACAAAUGGAUUUUUUGGUCUGUACCGCGGGCUGAGUGUUCUCCUGUAUGGCUCCAUCCCGAAGAGUGCUGUACGUUUUGGUGCCUUUGAGAAGUUCAAGGGGCAAAUGGUGGAUGAAAAGGGGCAAUUGUCGAAUGGUGGGAAACUCCUGGCUGGUCUGGGAGCUGGUGUGGCUGAGGCAAUUUUUGCUGUGACCCCCAUGGAGACAAUUAAGGUGAAAUUCAUCAAUGAUCAGCGUAGUGCAAAUCCCAAAUUUCGCGGAUUCUUUCACGGUGUUGGGGCAAUUGUACGCCAAGAGGGUAUUUCGGGUGUCUACAAGGGGUUAACGGCUACAAUAAUGAAGCAGGGUUCAAAUCAAGCUAUUCGUUUCUUCGUCAUGGAAUCCCUCAAGGAUUGGUACAAAGAUGGGGAUCCACAGAAACCCGUACCGAAGCUCGUUGUUGGGGGUUUUGGUGCUUUUGCCGGGGCUGCAUCUGUCUUCGGGAAUACCCCCAUUGAUGUGGUGAAGACACGUAUGCAGGGCCUCGAGGCGGCCAAGUACAAAAACACCGCAGAUUGUUUCAUGAAAAUUUGGCGCAAUGAAGGUCCUCUGGCCUUCUACAAGGGUACCGUACCACGCCUAAGUCGUGUCUGCCUCGAUGUUGCCAUCACCUUUAUGAUUUACGACUCAUUCAUGGAGUUGUUUAACAAAUUCUGGAAAUAAGUUAAAAAAAAAACUUUCCAGAUUUUUUUAAAACAUUUUUCUUUCUUUUCUUAGUGUCUGCACAUUAUUUAUUUUUCUUUUUCUAUUGCCUCUUUUAAAAAAAAUGUUUUCCUUUUAUUUUUCUUCCAUCUGAUAAAUUGGUUAAAAAAGGAAUGCGCGCAAAUCAUUUUUACUUCCACCCCCAUCAUCGUGAUUGUUUUUUAUAUUAAUAAUAAUUGUAAAAAAAAAAUAGUAAAAUUACUUUCAAAGCAUUUUUUGUGUAAAGUUACCAGAAUAGAGAAAAAUAAUAUUUUUUGUACCAAUAAACGGGUUCAAUAUACAUACAACAUUCCGGAAAUGAUGAUAAAACAUUUAAAAAAAAAAAGAAAACUCUUAUUAUAUUAGUUUGUCAUACAUUUAUCUGGAUUUCUAACCCUACAUUUUUACCAUUACAUUCAAUGAGUGUGAAUGAGACAGAAAAUCAAAAUUGUACUGAAUUUAUGUGAAUAUAUUAGGUUAAAAAUCCGUGUAAAUAUUGGACAAACUAAUAACUCUUGGCAUUUAUUUUAUAUCACAUUUUUUAUUGAUUGCCUAUCUCUUGUUAUGUUCUUUCAUUUUGUUUUUAUCUUUUCUAUCAAUGUAUAAAAAAAAAGAAUUCUCUAGUCUCCUUAACAUGUUGUAUAAAAUAUGUACAUGUGUAAUUUGGCGGUGAUUACAUAAAAUAAAAUAAAAAAAGCGAAUUGUUUCAUUGGCAAAAAUUUAUCAUAUUGAUUGUAAGAAAGAAAAGGUUUUUAUUGGAAGUAUAAGUGUUAUCAAAUUUUUAUUGCAAAGUUUUUUUUUCAUGUCUUUUACUCAUAGAGGUCACGAAGCAGAAAAUAAAAUGAUUCUUUAAAAAAUA